ACUGACUUGUCCGCACUGUGCGACGGGUCUCACUGCGAAGCAUCAUGAGAAAGCCACUGUUUCAGCUCUCGCAUUGUGUGAGCCAUGAUCUGGAAGCUGGUAUAUUCCAUCGAUCGAGCAAGUAUAAAGAGGUCGAGGCCGAGGUGGAGAUACAGUCCAGUCCCUCCAGCUCUCUGAGAGCGAGCUUGGAGACGGUCGAUCAGCCUCUCAGGCCUAUUCAAAGGGUGAGGUACCUGUGUGGCCUCGGCAGCUCGUACUAUAACACAUCCCACUUAUUCAUUCACUCAUUCAUCUAUCACUGGGGCUUCGCACCCCGUGCACAUUAUAGAGUUCCUGCGGCUGAUUUGAACGAGGGAAUUCUGCGUUCAGAUCUGGUUUCAAGAUGGAGAAUGCUACGUUUAACAGUCUUAAGGACAGCUUGGUGAACCAGGCAUGGCCCGAUAUGUGGAAGCCAGUUCUGGCUUUGGUGCUUCUGGGGAUCGUCAGCAUGAAAUUAUUCGGUGGGAAGAGUGAUGGCAGGAGAUACCCACCAGGUCCCAAACCUUUACCCUUCAUAGGUAACAUGAAUUUGCUGUUUGGCGACGUUCUUCCUAAAAAGCUGGCCGAAAUAGCAGCUCAAAACAAAUGGCCCGUCAUGAGCUUCAAGCUCGUGAACAAGCAAAAGGUUUAUGUUGUGUCGUCACCCGAACUGACAAAGGAGGUGCUGGUCACUCAAGGGCAAACAUUUGCCUCUCGAUCUCCCCCAACAUUCGCGCAGAGGUACAUGGUCUACGGCAAGGAUGGCAAGGAUACUGGCGUCUUGUUUACCCACUACAGCCCCACUUGGAGGACCAACAGGAAGCUCAUGACUGUCGGACAGCUGCAGCACAGAAAAAUCCACGGCGAUGCCUUCAUUGUGGAUCUCCUUCAAGUGCUGUACAACGAGCUCGAAACCAAGAAGGGAGCCUUGAGCAGAAACGGAGAGCACCCUUUCGAGGUCCGCACCCUGAUCUGCAGAGUGUUCCUCCUCCGAAUCUUCCUGGUCUUCAUGUUCGGACCCGGUGCAGAAAAAUACGGCGAGGAGCUCAAUGCUCUCAACGAUAUCAUGUUCUACUGUCUCGACAUGUCCGAGUUCGCGAAAUGGUUCUUCCCACACAUCGAGCCCCUCUUCGACCUCUACUGGGGCCGAUACGUGACGAGGAAGUGCAUGGCCGAUAAAUUCAGAAUUCUGAAGACUAUUCUCGAGGACCGAUCGAGGUACGGCGGAGAGAAGAAGUGGUCCUUCUGUGACCUUCUUGCUGAUUCCGAGAAGAAUGGGGAAAUCAGCACCGAUGGAUCCAUGCAUCUACUCGACGAAGUUAUUUUCGCAGGUCAAGAAACCACGGCCAAGGCGAUCGAAGGAGCCAUCAAGGAGCUGGCUGAUCGUCCCGACAUCCUCAAGAAGAUUCAAGCCGAGAUGGACGAGAAGAUCGGGAAGAAACAGUUGAGACUGGAGGACGUCGAGAAGCUGCCCUACUUCCAAGCCUUCAUCAAAGAGUGUCUCAGACUACACCGUACGCUCACUAUCCUGGUCCCACACGUGAACAUGGAGGACACGAAGCUGGACGGUUAUGACAUUCCCAAGGGCUCUUCUAUCUGGAUCAAUGUCUGGGCCAUGGCUCACAACCCGGAGAUCUUCCCCGACCCUUUUGUGCUCAAGCCUGAAAGAUUUCUCAACAAAGAAGUGGGUUUGGCCGGCGAAGACCCCAGCUACAUUGUGUUCGGUGCUGGAAGACGAAUUUGCCCUGGAUCUCCACUCGCCAUGAACUGCACGCACAUGAUAGUCGGCAGUUUAGCUCAGAGGUAUGAUAUCAAGUUCCCUAGCGACUGGACUAAAGACAAGAAGACCGUCUUCGGCUUCAUCCCCAAGGAGCGUGCUCUUGAGGUUUGCUUCACCAAGAGAGAAGGGUUUUAGAAUUCAUUGGCACAGCCGCUUGAACUUCCAUCUGAACAUGUGAAAAAUCGCCUGACGAGGAUCCGGGCACAUAGCAAUAUUAUAUGAGAUAGCCUGCAUUGGGCCUAAAGCUCCAAGAUUCCUGAGUGGUCAAGCCAAUCUAUAAUAGCUACUCAUAGAUCUCCACAGAGAGAGAGAGAGAGAGAGAACAACCACUGCCAUAGUAGAGAUUCUUUUCAUAGAUUUUCUACAUUCUAUUGGGUAAAUAUAGGGGAUUCGAUCUAGGCCUGUAAAGCUAUUCAUUCACAAGAGAGAUGGAACGUUUAAUCAUUAUUUGCCAGUGUUGCCCGGCAGCUGUUGAAUCCUUCAGGGUCGAGGGUGUAGCUAGUUAUCUACAUGUAGAUAGAAGUUAUAAAUCUUUCACGAGUGCCUACCGGUGAUCGAGACAUUCACAAAAUGUGGAAAUAACAUAUUUGGUUGCAGCUGAUAUCAUAGCAUAAUUUUGUUGUAGAGGAAAUUUUCUCUGACUGAAAAUUAUCUUUGACUUAGAGAGGUGACGCUCUUUAGAGUGACUUUGUAUAUUAUCCAAGUCAGAGAAUUCGAAAUUCGGU